CCAUUCUAGAUGCUGGGUCUGCUGUGGAAGAAGCAGAAUUCAGUUGGGAUGAGUAUCUAGAAGAAACAGGAGCAACUGCAGCCCCCCAUGGAUCCUUUAAACAUGUAGAUACUAGCUUGCAGAAUGGUUUUGCCCCAGGCAUGAAGCUAGAGGUUGCUGUCAAGUCUGACCAAAACACAUACUGGGUAGCCACCAUUGUUACAACCUGUGGACAGUUGCUCCUGUUACGUUAUGAUGGGUAUGGUGAAGACCGUAAGGCUGACUUCUGGUGUGAUGUUAUGACAGCUGACUUGCACCCAGUUGGGUGGUGUGAACAGAACAAAAAGAUUCUCAAAGUGCCUGAAGGUAUCAAGGAAAAGAUACCUGACCAGGAGGAGUUCCUUCAGCUGACGCUGAAAGGAUCAUGCAGUGCUCCUGCAAACCUGCUAGAGGGGCUUCACAGAGGAAAAAAUCCCUUGGAUCUCAUUGCACCAGGCUCCAGACUAGAAUUGCAAAACUCCCAGGAUUUCUUGGAUGCCUGGAUUGUCAAUGUGGUGGAAAAUGUUGGUGGAAGGCUCAAGUUACGUUAUGAAGGAUUGGGGGAUUCUGAUAGAUUUGAUAAGUGGAUGUUCUAUUUGGAUCCAUUCCUUCAUCAAGUGGGUUGGGCAGCUCAACAGGGAUAUAGCCUUCAACCUCCAUUAGCACAUCUUCAUUGGAGCCAAGAUAUUUGGGUUUCCAGGUCUACUAGAUUGCCUAGAGCUCCAUUUAAAGGGACAGCUAUCAGGUCCCUGAAGAGUGAAGCAGAAUGGCAAGAGAUCCUAAAGAAGGUGAAAGAAGAAGAGGAGGAAGAGUCUUCAGUUCCCACUGAUCUUUUUAAGGAAAAACCUUUGAUCAGAGUGCAUUCAUUCUCUGAAAAUAUGAAGUUGGAGGCUGUCAAUCCAGGGACUCCUUUCGUCAUCUCUCCUGCUACAGUGAUUAAGGUAUUCAAUGAAAAAUAUUUCUUGGUAGAAAUUGAUGACUUGCGACCCGAAUGCCCAACUACCCAGUCCUAUGUUUGCCAUGUCAACAGUGCUGGUAUUUUCCCUGUUCAGUGGAGUCUGAAAAAUGGAUUGCAUCUCAGCCCCCCGCCAGGUUAUUCCAGGCAGGACUUUGAUUGGGCGGACUACCUCAAACAGUGUGGUGCUGAGGCUGCUCCCCAGAGCUGUUUUCCUUUGCUCACUUCUGACCAUGGAUUUAAAGAGAACAUGAAGCUUGAAGCUGUGAACCCUGUUGAUACUGAGGAAAUUUGCAUUGCUACAGUUACCAAAGUUAAAGGUUCCUAUCUCUGGCUUCAGCUGGAAGGCUCCAAAACGACAGUCCCUGAAUGCAUAGUGAGUGUGGAAUCUAUGAAUAUAUUUCCUAUGGGUUGGUGCGAGACCAAUGGAUACCAGCUCAGACCUCCUCGAAGAGCAAUAGUAAAUAAACAGAAGAAAAUUGCAGUUGUUCAGCCAGAAAAACAAAUUCUAUCUUCGAAGGCAGUCCAUGAAGGACUGAAGAAUCAGGAACUGAACUCUGCUGACUCAGUGAUAAUUAAUGGAAAGUACUGCUGCCCAAAGAUCUACUUCAACCACCGGUGCUUCUCAGGGCCUUACCUCAACAAAGGGAGAAUUGCAGAGCUUCCUCAGUCUGUAGGACCUGGAAACUGUGUUCUUGUUCUUAAAGAGGUUCUCACUUUAUUGAUCAAUGCAGCCUACAAACCCAGCCGUGUCCUUCGAGAGCUCCAGCUGGAUGAAGAAGCUGCAUGGCUUGGGCAUGGAGAGACUCUGAAGGCAAAAUACAAAGGGAAGAGUUACCGUGCCAUUGUGGAGGUUGUGAGAACAGCAGAUCGGGUGGCAGAUUUCUGCAGGAAAACUUGCAUCAAACUGGAGUGCUGUCCAAACCUCUUCGGCCCCCAGAUGGUGCUAGAUAAGUGUUCAGAGAACUGCUCAGUCCUGACAAAAACUAAAUACACACACUAUUAUGGGAAAAGGAGAAACAAAAGGAUUGGCAGACCACCAGGUGUUCACAGUAAUCUGGAAGCAGACAUGAAGAAACCAAAUAAGAGGAGGAAGAGACGAAAACACUUUGUUCAUAAGAAAAAACGUUCUUCUACCUCAGUGGAUAACAGUCCAGCUGGAUCUCCCCAGGGCAGUGCAGGAGAGGAAGAUGAUGACCAGGAUGAAGUAGAUGAAGAGUCCUUGAGUGAGGGUAGCACCUCUGAGCAGCAAGAUGAACUGCUUGAAGAAUCGGAAGUGUCCGAGAAAAAAUCUGUGUCAUCCUCUCCCACUCAGAGUGAACUGUCCCACUCUCUGGCUCAAGAUCAAGACAAACAGAAAAGGAGGCUCCGAACCUUUUCCUUCUCUGAUGAUGAAAAUAAACCCCCUUCACCAAAUGAAAUAAAGGCUGAAGUUGCAGAAAAGCUGCAGCUGGACAGUAAUCCUCUGGACUGGAGUGUGGCUGAUGUCGUGCGAUUCCUCAAAUCUACAGAUUGUGCCCCAUUAGCCAGAAUUUUCCUGGAUCAGGGUCAGCACUUGCACCCACAGAUGUUCCUACAGGUGUAGAAGAUAGAGAGUACCCAACCCAUGUUCUGUUUUGCUGUCCAUGCCCAGGCCUAUUCUCUACAGUACUCUUCACUGGCCAUGGGAUAGCAGCACCAAUCACAAGCUCAGGCCUACCCACCCUUAGCAUCAGUCAGAGCUUCCCACUGAAGUGCCAACACCCCACUCAACUAUCCCUGUGAUGUACCUUUUUGUCAUAAACAGCUUCUGCCCUCUCAUCCAAAUCUUCCAGUUCCAGACCCUUCUUUUUAUUCCCAAACUUCCCCCGCCAUCUCAGCCAUACUGAGAUAAGUCCCCCUCCCCUCUCUCUCAGUCAGUCCUGCCAAACAAUCACUGUAGAACCCCAGAGCCCCUUCCACAGCAUGGAAAGGAGCUUUGAGUCACUGCCUUUCCCAGAGGAACAGCACCCUUGAUCUUACAGGUCUCGAGUAGUUCUCAGGGAAUAGCAGCAUGGAGUAGGAUCAUAAGCCCCUUUGAUUCCAUCAUUUGAUGGAGAAGCAUGUUGACCUGCCACUCUAUCCUACUGCACCUUUUCCUCUCCACAGGAACAUAAUUUGCCAGUUUGGUAGGGCAGGGUACCUUUUGGAUUAUGUUCAGGGAGCACACCUGAACUUUCCUUCCCUGACUUCCUUUUUCCAGCUAACAUACAAGUCCCCAGAAACUUCACCCCCAGUUUGAAAAGUAGUUUGUUUCAAGAGUGCAGCACACAGUGCUUCAAUGUUUAAGAUGUUCAAUAAACAGUUCUUUUAGAUUAAAAAUAAA